CACGUAUACGCACGGUUGUCGUGCACGUGUGCGACACACACGCAGGUAGACAAGUGUGUUCGUUCACACGUGCGCGCGUAUUGGUACGUCAAUGCAUGUCGCGUUCCUUAACCCUUUCCGGCGCGGGCGCACUCGCCAACACGCGUACGUGUAAUUAAGAACGUUACAGGUGAUACGCACACACACACACACACACACAUAAAGAAAUAUGACGCAAAGGUUUUACAGAGCGUUCUGUUGUUUGUUCAAAAUACAUGUCCACACAAUUUUUGAGCGCAACUUUUUCUCAUCGAUUUGUAGGUUAUUUAUUCGGUUUUGAGACCGAAUGUCGCACGCGCGAUAAACAAAAUCUACUUAAUUUUUAUCGAAAUUUUUUUACAAAAAUAUGGAAUCGGAUAAUAAAUCAAAUUUUUACAGAACAGUAAUUUGAGUUUGAAAAACGCGCGCGUAUUUAAAUGUUGUGUGUACACACAGCUGGUUUCAAACUCCAUUGACGUUUAGUGUCGUGUAAUUUACAUAUACAUAUACUUGCUGAGUGAUAAGAUAUCGUGAUAGACGUUUUGACAAUGUGGAAGCUGCGUCACCUCGUCAGGGGAUGCCAAUAUUGCAACACCUCACUGAAAAUAACACCGAGAUCGUCCGCAAGUUUCAUCAGAAGAUGUACAUCGAUCGCUCAGACAACUCGCGCAAAAACUCCCGGUCGAAAAUGGCGAAUUAUUCUACCGACCGGAAUUGGAUUGUCGGUAGUCGCCGGAACACAGUGGAACUACCUGCACGAGCACGGAUAUUCCAUCGACGUAGACGACAAGCCGGAAUUAAUUAACGAUGUCGUGGCUACGUGCUAUUGUUGCCUGCCACUGAGAGUAACCAGCAGAAUAUGGGGCUGGUUGACCAGCAUCAACUUGCCGGAAAAUCUGAGACCAGCGCUUUACAAAUUUUACGCCAACUUGUUUAACGCCAAUCUGGACGAGAUAGAACUGGAUUUAUCCGCGUUUCCGAAUCUGAUGGAAUUUUUCGUGAGAACACUCAAGAACAAUGCGAGACCUAUCUCGAAACAUACAAGUUUGAUUUCGCCUGCAGAUGGCGAGAUUCUUUAUUUUGGGCCGGUGAUGUCUUGCCGAGUGGAGCAGGUAAAAGGAGCGACUUACGAUCUCAGACAAUUUCUUGGUGAUUUGAACGGUCAUUCCUUGAAAGAAACAGAAGAAAAAGAUGACUACGUUAAUUCACUUUUAAAAAAUCCAAAAAACAGAUUGUAUCAGUUGGUUGUUUACUUGGCACCUGGUGAUUACCAUCGAUUUCACAGUCCUACCGAUUGGCACAUAAACUUCCGACGACAUUUCCCAGGAAAAUUGCUGAGCGUCCAUCCGAAGGUGCUCAAACAUGUUUUCAAUCUGUUCUCCCUGAAUGAGCGCGUUGUUUACGUCGGAGAAUGGUCAGGUGGCUUCAUGGCUUACGCGGCGGUCGGAGCGACGAACGUCGGUUCUAUCAGAGUUUACCGCGACAAGGAAUUGGUGACCAAUAAGAUGCAGUGGCCGGAAGGCACGCGUUGGAAGGAAGCGGAUUUGAACACUCGCGUUGCCAAAGGCGAGCUGUUCGGCGAAUUCAGACUCGGAUCCACGAUCGUGCUGCUGUUCGAAGCACCUAGCGACUUUCAAUUCUGCCUGCAAGUCGGCCAGACUAUCAAAGUCGGUCAGGCAUUGAGCGCGUAUUGCAACAAGCCGUACGAACAACAGAUCGAACGACGGCACUUAAUUAUGAAUGUUGCGCACGACUGGAGAGACAUAUGGAGACCUAGAGUAGCGUAAAUCGAACCGAUAAAGUAGACGUUGCAUUAAAUAUUUAGUGACAAAUUAAAACAUGCAACUUGCACGUUUUACAUCCCUGUAUGAGGUUCAAUUGCAAGCGAAAUAAAAAAAAAAGAAAAAAAUAGAAGAAAAGAAAAUGUUAGAUUUUACACCAGAAACUCGAUUUGAUUUUUUUUUUUUUUUCGAGUAUCGAUCUCUUUGUAAUUACUUCUGUAUAUGUAAUUUGUAUUCUCGCGCGCCCGAAAAAUUAUCACGCGAUUCAUCUAGGAUUACAUAUUGUAAAUACGUUAUUUUGUAAAAAAAAAAAAAAAAAAAAAAAAAAACUACCCUCAUUACUUUUAAUUGAUUCUUAGAAUCACGCGAAAAAAAAGUGGAUUUAUAAUAGACUUGACACAGUUAACUUAUCGCGUUUAUUACAGCGCACGAUUAGCACGUUGAUAACGAACAAAAUUACUACGUAACAAAUUACGUCUUUUUGUGUAGAAGUUUAAACGAUUAUAGUAUUAUAUUACAUAUGUGUGUGUAUGUGUGCGCGUGUGUGCAAUUAAAAUCUACUUAGCACAUUUGUAAGAAUACGAGCUCCAUUUCUCUCUCCCCUUUUAUACGCGUCGCUACCGACAGAGGUCGGAUCGUAAACUGUUCUCAGUUGCAUGCCAAAUCGAUCUUUGUUCGCAUUUAAGUCGUUUGGUCAAGGCCGUCAGGUGAAACACAUUUUUCUCAAUUAAAACCUCUAUGAGCUUUAUUUUAAUUCGCGAGAGUAACGAGCACGCACCGUCGUCAUGUCCUCCCCGUGCGAGUUGCUCCGCGAUUUUGCGCGAAAAAAAAAAAAAAAUAAUUUUCCACCCCCUGCGUUUCAAUUUAUUGUCUUUUGUGCG